GUGCUGGCCCUCCGCUGCCCCGCCGGGACCGGCCGAUACCCUCAGUAGCUCCGUCCUCUCUAUGGCCCAAGCUGCUGUCGCUCCGCAACGCCCCCUCUCUAUGGUCCGGCGGGCGGGAUGUGGCGGCUGCUGCUGGGCCGCGGCCUGAGCCGCUGCUGGCCGCCCCCCGCCCGCCCUGCCUGCGCCGCGCCCCCGCCCGACGGCCCCGGCCCGGGCAUCGAGCGGGCGCCCGGCUGCGAGGAUGGACGGCCCCGGGAUGACCGGGAGCGAGGAGGAAGGCGGCAGACCCUGCCCGGCCUGGUGCCCCGCUACUCCGUGCUGGAGGCAGUCACCUGGGGGGCACUCGGUGCGUUGCUUCUGCAGCUGCUCAGGCAGAUCGCCUGGCUGAGGUCCCUGCCGGACGCCAGGAGAGAGCACAGGGCUCUGCGGCUCACCUCCCUGCCCUCGCAACAGACAGUGGUGACUGAAGCCUCAACCAGCUGUUCCACUGAGCAGCUGGGGUCCUGCUUCCUGCAGAAACCAAGUCCAGAGGUUGUACCAGAGAAUGAGUCCUCAGGCAUCCCCUCAGGGCAAGGAGAGAGCCAGCCCUGGGCUGAAGUAGGAGAGUUCCACAUCCCUGAGAGCUCCAGUCUGGGGCCAGUUCUCCACCAUGCAAAGGGUGACCCAGCCCAGCGAGGGCAUUUGGAGGAAGCUGCUUUCCAGUUGCAGCAGAUUUUCCGGAUUGAUAUUUCCAUUGCAUUGAAUAUCCUCGGGAUUGAAAGCAUGAGAGCUGGCCAUUCCAGGAUAGCCUAUACCUGCUUCAAACUGGCAGCAGAUCGAGGCUACAGCAAAGCCCAGUUCAAUGUGGGUCUGUGUUACGAGCAUGGCAGAGGCACGGAAAAGGACUUGGAAAAGGCAGCUUUAUAUUACUACCACGCAGCCAGCAGCCGUCACCCCAUGGCACAGUACCGCUACGCAAGAUACCUCUUAUGCCACAGACCUGAAAAUGAGUGGGACAGGCAUCAGAAGGCAGUGACUUUCCUGGAGCAAGCAGCAAUGGCUGGCAUUACAGAGGCACAGGCGUAUCUUGGAGUAUUCUACAUGAGGGGGCUGCAACCUAAGGAAAAGAGAGGUCUAAAGUACCUGCUGCUGGCAGCGAAGAACGGUGAUGCCCAAAGCAGGUACCACGUGGGUGUUUGCUAUGAGAAGGGCCUUGGAGUGCAGCAGAACCUGGCGGAAGCAAUGAGACACUACCAGCAAUCAGCUGCUGCAGGGAACAGGAGCGCUCAGGAGAGACUUCGAGUGUUACAAGAGGAGGUGGAAGAUGUGCAAACGAAGCAUCCAUUCCCUUCUGGAAUGAGAGCCUCUUCCUCUAGCCCCAGUUUCUGGGCUAUUGAGCCUGUGCAUGUAGGCCACCACACCACCCAGCCAAGACAAUCUGCCCUAACCCUGCCCCACUCAUGGAGCACGGACGGACUCCACAUGAUGAUGCUCAGUGGUGCAGGAUGGAGCCGUGCCCUCGGAAAUAGGGCAAGGCCACUGGAAUUGCAGUGCUUGGAGCCCCACCACUGCUGUUACUAGUGCAGUAGAUUACCUUUGGCAGACUCCAGCCAUCUGUUGUCUGCUUCUGAGCAAGGACUUUGCUCCAAAAUCCAAUGGCCUCAAAAGAGAGCAUGGAGAAAGACGCUGUAGGCACCUUGUGCAGCCAUAGGAGAGAUGCCAGUGCUGAUUUUGGGGCAUUUUACAGAACGCCAAGUUCACACUUGUAGAACCACAAAAGCUGAAAACAUCAGUGGGAGACAAGAGGCAGAUCUCCUCUUUCUGAGAUGCCAUUACAGGCUUUCUGCAGCUAUAUCAUCAUGUCAGAUACACUGCACUUUGCUCCAGAGAUGGUAGUGUUUAAAAACCAACAAUUUUAUUUAAAUAAGAACUGAGAUCCUGGAGCCCAACUCUGCAGCAUGCUGCAGACUCCAGGACUGCAGUAUUUCAUCGUCCAUGGUGCACAGUCCGUGAUCACAUGGAUGUAGCUGACUGGGUUGUGCUUGUGGUUAAACUAACAAGCCCAUCCCCUCAGUCAGCCUGCCCUGGGAGGAAAGGGCCUUCCUGCUCUUGUGUGACUUGAGUGUGAUGGUAAGUAAAGUGUAAGAUGAGGAUGAAAGGGGAGGAAAGCUGGAAAUGCCAGAAUGGGCAGGUAGAAGGGAAGUAAACAAGGUGAAAUCAGUUGUAGAGAAAUUCGAUGGGGUGAAACAAAGGAAGAAAUAUGCCUGUUGUGAUCAGUGUAGACACAGGUAAUACAGUGACACAGUCAAAGCCCACAUGUGCACCCCAGAUGCAGAAAGAAGUCUGACUCUUUAUCUCC